UGGAGGGUUUGAUAAGAUCCAACGGCCCUAAUUAUCUGUGGCGUGAGAGCCGCAAGAAGCUUCUAGAUGUAAAUGGCUCCUCCUUCCCACUCCCAUUCAAAUACAGAUCUUACUGCCUUUUCUAGUCUAUAUGAGAUCAGAGAGAGGGCAGAGGCAAAUUACACGUUUGUGCGUAAAUCUAACGGAAUUCUUCGUAACCUCGUUCCUCUCUUCUGCGUUAGAUUCACGCACAAACUUGCCAUUUCCCUUUUCUUUAUUAGCUUUCAUUUCGUAAGUAUAACUUGCUUUCUUGCAUUCCACUUCCGAUUCGGAUUUCUCUCUUUACCGUCUCUCAAACGAUGAUGUCGAAGCUGGGUUUCUAGUUGCGCUGUGGUGUAUAGUGUGUUUUGUGCGAUGGAGGGUGACAUAGAAGUUAUUAUUCACCAUGGGGGCAAGUUGGUAAUGGAAGGGUGUCUGAGGUAUGAAGGAGAGUGUGAUAGUAUGUAUUUUGACCCUGACUACUGGAGUUACUACGUAGUCGUGAGUGUAGUAAAAGCGUUUGGAUAUGUAGAAUUUCAGGACUUGUGGUAUUCGGUUGGAUGUGGUCCUAUAUUAGAUGGUAAGUUAGAAGCAUUGUGUGAUGAUGUAGGAGCUAUGUAUAUGGUGAAUUUAGCUAGGUUAAAUGGUCGAGUGCAUUUAAAUGUUGUGCAUUGUAUGUCUUAAGGUGAUGUAAUUCAGAUGAUUGAAUAUAAUGUACAUGAAGAACAGUUAGAUGAUGGGAUACAACAUGAAGGUGGUGAGAGUGCAAAGUUGGAUGUCGACAGAAUAGCAGUUGAGGUUGAUGGUGAGGAAGUAGAAAUUGAUGUUGGUGAGGGUGAGGGAAUAGAGCUUGAUGAAGCUAUUAAUGAGAGAAUAGAAGUUGUUGAUGGUGAGGAAGAACAAGUUGAUGUUCGUGAGAGUGAGGGAAUAGAAGUGGAUAAUCAUAUUGAAGAAGUACAAGUGGAUGUUGGUGAGAGUGAGGGAAUACAAAAUGAGGAAGGUCAUGAUGAGGAGAUAGUUGAAGUUAACACAACAGUUGUGAAUGAAUGGAGUUCAUCAGAUGAUGAUAUUGGUGAAGUGAAUAUUGUGGAUGGUGAAGUGCAUGGUGUGGAUGCUUUAGUAGACGUAAACGUCCAGUGUGACUUUAGUCAAAGAGAUAGUUUAGGCAAUAUGGAAGUUGAUUGCAGCGUUAUUUCUGAGUCAGAUUUGGAACAACAUCAUGAGUCAGAUUUAGAAGAACAUGAAAUUAGUGAUACUAGUUUAUUCAAUGAUGAAUGGGAGUUUGAGGAGUUAACUUCUCCUGAUAUAAGUGAUGUUGAAGAGGGAUAUGGUAAUUUUGAUACAUUCAUUAUGCAUAAAAAGAUGGUUGAUUUCAAGUGGGAGGUGGGAACAUUUUUUGGGUAAAAAGUGGACAUCUUGGAUGCCAUCAGGACAUACUCACUAGAGAAGGGAAAAAAACUCAAAUUUAUUAAAAAUGAUAACAGAAGAAUAAGGAUUAAGUGUAUGGGAGCAAAAGGUGAAUGUCCUUGGAUGACAUAUUUUGCUAAUAUGGAGGCAAUAGAUUCAUGGCAGUUAAGGAGUUUGGUUGAUGGUCACACAUGCAGUAGGGAGCAUAAGUUGGGUGUAUUAAAUGCAAGAUGGUUAAGUAAAAAAUUGGAAAAGACAGUAAGAGAGAAUCUAGGCAUUAUUAUUAUUAUUAUUAUUAUUAUUAUUAUUAUUAUUAUUAUUUAUAUUAUUAUUAUUAUUAUUAUUAUUAUUAUUAUCCAUCUCUCUGCUACUGUUGUCGAUGCCUGCUACGACUGUCUGCUACCUGCUACCGCCGUCACUUUUAAUGCCUACUACUCUUUUAGUGUCGUCACUCCAACUGCUAUUUUAAUGAAAAUCACUUGCUCUGACCUUCCUUUCCUUUACAUUUUGCUUUGCUUUCUCUUUAACAAUGUAAGUAUUGCUUUGUUUAUUUUAAUUUCAACUUCUGCUUUCUACUACUCUUCGCUGUUUGUUAUCUAACAUUUUUUUGGUCAUGACGAACAUACUCUCAUGGGUUUAAAUCUCCAUUUUGAACCUAUCGGAAACUGAUAACCAUGUUAUCAAAUGACGAAUCGUUU